UAGUCACACUCGCAUGCGGACAGACGGACGGACGGACGGACAGACGGACUGACGGGAUGGAAAUGCAGGAUCCAAAGAUGAACGGAGCCCUCUCUGCGGGUGCCGCAGGCUACAGGCAGGAACGCGAGGGCUUCCUGCCCACCCAGGGCCCUACUCCUGGGAGGAAACCUGUCCAGUUCAUGGAUUUUGAGGGGAGGACAUCAUUCGGAAUGUCAGUGUUCAACCUCAGCAACGCCAUCAUGGGGAGUGGCAUCCUGGGGCUGGCUUACGCCAUGGCCCACACGGGAGUCCUCUUCUUUCUGGCCCUGCUGCUGUGCAUUGCCCUCUUGUCCUCGUACUCGAUCCACCUGCUGCUGACCUGUGCUAGUGUUGUAGGCAUCCGAGCUUAUGAGCAGCUGGGACAGAGAGCAUUUGGACCUGCCGGGAAAGUGGUGGUGGCCGUCAUCAUCUGUCUGCACAAUGUUGGGGCUAUGUCCAGUUACCUGUUCAUCAUCAAAUCUGAACUCCCUCUGGUUAUUGGCACCUUCCUGCACAUGGACCCUGAGGGGGACUGGUUCUUGAAGGGAAACCUCCUCAUCAUCCUGGUCAGCAUGCUAAUCAUCUUGCCUCUGGCUCUCAUGAAACACCUGGGCUACUUGGGGUAUACAAGCAGCCUCUCUCUGACAUGCAUGUUGUUUUUCCUCGUUUCGGUCAUCUAUAAGAAAUUCCAGCUUGGCUGUGAUGUGAGCCACAAUGACACAGCAGUGGAGGGUGGGCAGCCUCCCAUCCAGGGGUUUAACAGCAGCUGUGAGGCCAAGCUCUUCACAGUUGACUCACAGAUGUCUUACACAGUCCCUAUUAUGGCUUUUGCCUUUGUCUGCCAUCCUGAGGUGCUGCCCAUCUACACAGAGCUGUGCCGGCCCUCCCAGCGCAGGAUGCAAGCUGUGGCCAACAUGUCCAUCGGGGCUAUGUUCAUCAUGUAUGGACUCACAGCUACCUUUGGAUACCUUACCUUCUACAGCACUGUGAAGGCAGAGAUGCUGGAAAUGUACACCCAGGAGGACCUGCUCAUUCUUUGUGUGCGUCUGGCUGUGCUGCUUGCAGUGACCCUUACUGUGCCGGUUGUACUUUUCCCUAUCCGCCGAGCCCUACAGCAGCUGCUCUUUCCAAGCAAGGCCUUCAGCUGGCCACGGCAUGUGGCCAUCGCCCUGAUCCUGCUAAUUUUGGUCAAUGUCCUUGUCAUUUGUGUGCCAACCAUCCGAGAUAUCUUUGGGUUUAUUGGGUCUACCUCAGCCCCUAGCCUCAUCUUCAUCCUUCCCAGUGUCUUCUACCUGCGUAUUGUUCCUACUGAGGUGGAACCCUUAUUUUCCUGGCCCAAGAUCCAGGCCCUGUGUUUUGGCAUCCUGGGAGUCCUCUUCAUGGCCAUCAGUCUGGGCUUUAUGUUUGCCAACUGGGCCACAGGCCAGAGCCGUAUGUCUGGACACUGACCUGGCGUGUCCUGCCUCACUCAGUCCCCAUGUUCUCAGGCAUGUAUAUGAAGGAGUCCAAGUCACUUUCCUGCACAGGAUGUGGAGGUGGCUGGUCUCUAUUACAUUGCUGUCAGAUAUGGGGACAAUAGAAGCUGUAGAGUAGUCCCCUUUCCUUCUCCUUAGUGUCGCUUUAUACCCCCUGCCAUUCCCAUGAGAGGAGGGGCGGGGGCGUCAGGGCCUUAGAAGGGUUUUACCCAACACAGUCCUUCUUCCUGGAUGAAGCUGCUUGUCAGGGUUAUCCUGGAGCUACAAGGAAGAAUAAAGAUGCUCAAUGCAACCAUGGUCUGAGCCUUCUGAUAUUUCUCAAAGACUUAUUGGAAGAAACCUGCCCAAGUUAAGGCAGGGGUGAACUGAGGCUGUGAGUAGAACUGUGCUCUUUCUCAACCGUUCUCUUUUCUCCAUUCCUCCAGUGACUCGGCACUCAAUGUAAUCACUCGCCUAUUUACUUACUCAACAGUGGUUUGUGAGCUUGGGAAUAUAGCAGUGAAUGUUCUAGGUGUCAGAGAUAGAGCCACAAAUCAAGCGGAUCAUAGUGCUUCAGUACAAGAGAGAAAAAUGGGCUAAAUUUGGUCUAUUUCGUACUUCUGGGUGGCCCUUGAACUAAGGAUGUUUUGCAAAUUUCUAAAAUAUUGAAAAAAAAUCGAAAGAAGAAUAUGAUUUUCUAGUUUGGCAAGAUCUCUCAGCAGGUAAAACGCACCUGCUACCAAGCCUGACAAAGUGAGUUUGAUUUGGAAGGAGUGUACUGACAUUUGAGUG